AUGAAUAGCCAGCAAGGACAUCCUAUUCUAAAUGAGCAACGAGUGCCACAAAACCAGUUUUCUAGCGGCGCAGCUUAUGGUACACCUUCGACCUAUCCAGCCAAUUUUCCCUACCCCCCGCAGCAGCAGUGGGCACCGGUAGGCGAGAAUGCCUCAUAUUAUGGGACUGCGCCCCUAGAUCAAUAUGGAAACCCCAUUGGACCUGGUGGUGCUCAAGACGAAAAAGGGCUUGGAUCCACCGUCGUUGGUGGUGCUGCUGGCGGCUACGCCGGACAUAAAUUGGGAGGGGGGUUUCUAGGGACCACCGCAGGAGCGGUGCUGGGAGCCAUUGGUAUGAACGCGGCAACCCAUGAAGUGUGA